CGGAUUACGGUACGACGUCUUCUUCGUCCUUCUUCUUUCUGCAUCUCCGUGAUUUUUUGCAUCGAAGCGACAAGUCAGUAUGGGUUCGAGGACGAAAGGAAAGACGGUGAUGGAAGUUGGCUCCGAUGGCGUCGCCGUCAUAACUCUCAUCAAUCCUCCCGUCAAUUCCCUCUCUUUCGAUGUUCUAUACAGCUUGAAAAGUAAUUACGAGGAGGCCUUGAGGAGGGAUGAUGUCAAAGCUAUUGUUGUUACGGGUGCAAAUGGGAAGUUUUCUGGUGGAUUUGACAUAUCGGGUUUUGGUGAAAUUCAAAAGGGAAACAGGCCAGAGCCAAAGGCUGGAUAUGUAUCAAUUGACAUCAUCACCGACUUGGUCGAAGCUGCAAGGAAACCCUCUGUUGCUGCGAUCGAAGGGCUUGCCUUAGGAGGAGGGUUAGAACUGGCUAUGGCUUGCCAUGCAAGGAUAUCGGCUCCUGCUGCACAAUUGGGCUUGCCUGAACUCCAGCUCGGUGUCAUUCCUGGGUUCGGAGGGACACAGCGUCUUCCACGUCUUGUUGGACUCACUAAAGCCCUUGAAAUGAUUUUGACAUCUAAGCCGGUUAAAGCUGAGGAAGGUUAUUCACUGGGACUUGUCGAUGCUGUGGUUCCAAAUGCUGAGAUACUAAACACUGCUCGUCACUGGGCUCUCGACAUAGUGGAGAGAAGAAAAAAAUGGGUUUCUAGCAUUUACAAGACCGAUAAGUUACCUCCACUUGGAGAAGCAAGGGAGAUAUUGAAGUUUGCCAAGGGACAGGCACGGAAGCAAGCCCCCAAUCUAAAGCAUCCUUUAAUGUGCCUCGAUGCUGUUGAAGCGGGUAUUGUCUCUGGUCCAAGGGCUGGUCUAGAAAAGGAAGUUGAAGUCUCCCAACAAGUGGUAAACUUGGAUACCACCAAAAGCUUAAUCCAUAUAUUCUUUUCUCAGCGAGGAACUUCUAAGGUUCCUGGAGUUACUGAUCGAGGGUUGGUGCCAAGGCCGAUCAAAAAGGUUGCGAUAAUCGGAGGAGGAUUAAUGGGAUCUGGAAUAGCCACUGCAUUGAUCCUUAGUAACUAUCAAGUGAUUCUGAAGGAGGUUAAUGAAAAGUUCCUAGAGGCUGGAAUUGGCAGAGUCAGAGCAAAUCUGCAGAGUCGGGUCAAGAAAGGAAACAUGUCUAAGGAAAAGUUUGAAAAAACCAUGUCCCUCCUCAAGGGUGUUCUUGAUUAUGAAAGCUUUAGGGAUAUCGACCUGGUGAUCGAGGCUGUUAUUGAGAACAUAUCGUUAAAGCAACAGAUUUUCGCUGAUCUAGAAAAGUAUUGCCCUCCACAUUGUAUUCUUGCUAGUAACACUUCAACCAUCGAUUUGAACAAAAUCGGGGAGAAGACCAAGUCUCAGGAUCGAAUUGUUGGAGCACACUUUUUCAGCCCAGCACAUGUCAUGCCACUACUUGAAAUUGUACGAACCGAUCAUACCUCGGCCCAAGUAAUCGUUGACCUACUUGAUGUGGGAAAGAAGAUAAAGAAGACACCGGUCGUGGUGGGAAACUGUACGGGUUUUGCAGUGAACAGGAUGUUUUUCCCUUACACACAAGCAGCUAUGCUCCUUGUUGAACGAGGAACAGAUCCUUAUCAAAUCGACAAGGCAGUCACCAAGUUUGGAAUGCCGAUGGGCCCCUUCAGAUUGGCUGAUCUGGUUGGAUUCGGGGUAGGCAUUGCAACUGCGACACAGUUUAUUGAGAACUUCCCGGAACGAACAUACAAAUCGAUGAUUAUCCCGCUAAUGCAAGAGGACAAGAGAGCUGGUGAAGCAACUCGUAAAGGGUUCUAUCUGUAUGAUGAUAAGCGUAAGGCUAAACCUGAUCCUGAACUAAAGAAAUACAUCGAGAAGGCAAGGAGCAUGUCCGGAGUAAACAUCGACCCCAAGUGUGUGAAGUUAUCAGAGAGGGAUAUCAUCGAAAUGGUAUUCUUCCCCGUCGUGAACGAGGCAUGUAGAGUCUUUGCUGAAGGUAUUGCAGUGAAGGCAGCCGAUCUCGACAUUGCAGCUGUGAUGGGCAUGGGUUUUCCUCCUUACAGAGGAGGAAUCAUGUUCUGGGCUGAUUCCCUCGGAUCCAAAUACAUUUGCUCGAGGCUGAACGAGUGGUCGAGGACGUACGGCGAUUUCUUCAAGCCUUGUGAUUUCAUGGCUGAAAGGGCCUCUAAAGGAGCUCCAUUGAGCGCUCCUGUGGAAAAAGCCAAAUCGCGUUUGUGAGGUGAAGAGAUCGAAGCCCAUUCGGCCGCUCUCUUCGUUUUCGCCGUGGGGUCGCCGGAAAGUUUGGACCUUCGGCUUUGAAUAACGUCGUCGGACAAGUAAGGGGAUGUCUGAGAAACAAUAAAGGUUUUUUUUUCUUUUCUAAGUAUUAACAAUAAAGAUUUGUUUUAGAUACGCAGCUGUUCCGUGACUUGGUUCUUUUGUUUUAUUGAAAUUUGUAGUGGCAAUUAUGACGUCAUUUAGUUUAACUCA